AUGACUUGUGCUCUUCUUGAAACCGCACCUUGUGCGUCUGCCAUUCUAAUUCAUAAGCUCAUGUUCAUCACAGGCUUGCGGGAGUGGUUCUCUGUGCAUCCAAUCAGGAUCCCUGUUAUGGUGAAUAUGGCAUCUUCUUCGUUAGCCAUGGGUAAAGGUGGGAAGCAUCAGCGUAAGUCUUCCCUUUGUAUUGACCAAGCAAAUGUGGCCAGCAGAAACUCUGUGCUAAUGGAUGAAGACUGGGACGAUGAUGACGAUGAUGCACAUUUACUUAUCAUUUGGUUAGACGCAAAGGCUGUGCUGCUGGGAAGCAUCUAA